CGCUGAUUGAAAUGGCGUCAGUCAGGCUACGCGGUUGGGCUCUCUGCACCGUGUCUUUAAUAAACUCUGCGUUUGUUUUCAUAACUGGUGCAGACUUUAUUCGGUUUAUAUCAUUUCGAGCCAUUUACCACAACAUCACCGGGGACACGACGCUCUGUCAAGACUCUAUACCGUGGUCGGUGGCCCUGCAGGACAGCUCUGUCCUCUGGUGUCUUUUCGUGGAUCUGGGACUGCUGGCUCUCUUCAUCAUACAGCACAGUCUGCUGGCCUGGUCACCCGUCAAACAGACCCUCCAAUCAGUGCUGGGGGCCCUGAACAGGACGGCUUACUGCUUCACCACGGCACUGGCACUUCAGAUCAUCAUACAUUACUGGCAGCCUGUGACCGGCGCCCCCUGUCUGUGGUCGGUGCGUCAUGCACCCUGGAGUAUCUGGUUCCCUCUGCUCUGCUUCAGUUUGCACUUCCUCUGCUGGGCAAUCAUCUGCAGCAUCUUCAUGAUCUUUGAUUACCCUGAACUGUUGGGCAUCAAGCAGGUGUACUAUGAUUGUCUCGGUUUAGGGGACCCCAUGUCUCACAAGUCACCUCGCGCCCAGCGCCUCCUGUCUCACCUCCGCCACCCGGUGUGCAUUGAGCUGGGCGUCGUGCUGUGGCUCCUGCCGGCCUUGUCCCUGGACAGGCUCCUGCUGGCGGGGACUCUGUCGACCUACCUGGCUCUGGCACACUCUCUGGACAAACAGGAUUUAGCCUACCUCUGCGUCCAUGUUAACCACAAGCUGCAGCUCUUUGCCGAGCCGCACAAGGGCAGUGCCGACACCAGCGACCAGAAGGAGAAGUGAGGUGGAGGUCUUCUUACUGCUGUUGUGUAAAGCUUCAAGCUAACUGCUGUCUUAAUAUUAACCAGAAAUGUUACAAAACUGACUUCUCAAUGAGUGAGGUCAUCUGCUGUGCUAAAUAAGAUGCCCUGGCCAUUUCUGGUAAAGGCAAAUUAAAAAAACUCAACUUGACACUGUAUUUUUUAAAGAUAUCUUUCACUGUGGUUUCAGAAAGGGAGAGUUGUAUUACAAAUGGAGAAUUUAGUCCAGCGUUUGAAAGCACAAUUUUUAUUUUAUAUUUUUGAGGAUAGCUUUUUAUUCUUUAUAUAAAGAUUCUUUAAUUUAAUCUAGAAGGUUUUAUUGUUAAAAAAAAAUGAAACAAAACCUAUCAAAUAUUCUUUAUUUUGUUUAUCAUAAAGUAUAUUUUUUUAGGCCGUUACAUAACAUGUGCCAACUGGAGGUACGCUGUAUUUCUAUGCACACUGAUUUUUUGAUUAAUUGUCCUUGAAAAAGAAUGUCACACUGAGAUUUCAAACUGUCGAAAAGCACAAAAAUGCAGCUUUGAUUUUUUUAACAAUAUGUAGCUAUCAUGAAAAACAAUGGCAUUUCUGAGAUUAUGAAUGUAUUUCCUCAGUUGCUUUAUUUUGUGUUGGAGACAGUAAUGUCACCAACAAAGUGAAUAAAGUUGCCUUUUCUAAAGAUGUCAUUAAUUCUCGAACUUUAAAAGUACUGUAUUCUUUGAUUCAACAUGUAUUGUAUUCUUGUAUUGGAUGUCUGCAUUGUGGCCUCACUGUAAUGACAAUAAUAACUUUUGGUGUUUUCAUGUUGAAUAAAUGUAAUAAGCUGC